AAGCUCCGAGUUUUUGUUGCAGAAUUGGUAUCAGACUGUUUAAAGUGUUGCGCAGAAGAUUCUGAUGAUUCUACAAGCAAGAUUACCUAUUCUGGUGCCAUAUUGGAGGUCUGCAUGAGGAUACUGGUUUUCUAUCCUGAAAUUGUUGGUUUCCUUGAAGAAGAGAAGGAUCGGUUCCCUUCAGUUAAAGUACAAUACCUUUUCAAUUCACCACCCAAAUUGAUCAUGCUCGACGAUGCCGGCCAAUACAAGGAAACAAUUAGGAUCGACAACUGGAAAUGCGAACAUAUACUGCAGUUCCUAAUACAAAAGGUCAAGCGUACUUCGGCAUACUGA